CACUUCAGAGUGGGAGAGGGGGAGGUGAAGACAGCCGGGCAAGCUGCAUCUCUGCCAGGCUGCUUCCCAUUCUCCUUGUUUUUUCUCAGCCAGAGCAGUUCAGCACACCCGCUCCGGGUGCCUCCCAGCCCAUCUCACAGCGCCCAGGAUAGUGGGGUGUAAGGUUGGUGGCCAGGCACCUGGCCCUCCCUCAGCUCUGCUGGCACAGUCCCAGGACAGGACAUGUCAAGCUGCAACACCCCUGGGGGCCCCACUGCCCUGGACUUUCCGGAAGUCCUGAAGUCCCUACUGGAGUAUUCCUUGCCCUGGACCAACAAGAUGACAGAUAAAGAGAAGGAGAAAAUAAAGCUUGAAGAAGAUGAGGCAGCAGCUGCCAGCACUAUGGCAGUCUCAGCUUCCCUCAUGCCACCCAUUUGGGACAAAACUAUUCCUUAUGAUGGCGAGUCUUUCCACCUGGAGUACAUGGAUCUGGAUGAGUUCCUGCUGGAGAAUGGAAUUCCUUCCAGCCCUACUCACCUGGAUUUGAACCAGAAUCCACUCUUGCCUGUGGCUGAGCUGGAAGCGAAGGAAUCUGCCAGUGCUUCCACUGGUUCUCCUGCAUCAUCCUCUUCCACUGCGGUUUACCAGCAAUCUGAAGCAGCCUCCAGCACAGAGUCCCCACCACAAAAUGAGAGAAAUACACCCAGCCCCAUUGAUCCUGACUGCGUAGAAGUUGAGGUGAAUUUCAACCCUGACCCUGCUGAUUUAGUGCUGUCCAGUGUGCCUGGUGGUGAGCUCUUCAAUCCUCGCAAACACAAGUUUACCGAAGAGGACCUGAAACCACAACCUAUGAUUAAAAAAGCCAAGAAGGUUUUUGUCCCAGAUGAGCAAAAGGAUGAAAAGUACUGGACAAGGCGAAAGAAGAACAAUGUGGCAGCAAAGCGUUCCCGUGACGCUCGGCGAUUAAAGGAGAAUCAGAUCACAAUUCGGGCAGCCUUUCUUGAGAAAGAAAAUACGGCCCUGAGGACGGAGGUGGCAGAGCUGCGCAAGGAAGUGGGACGAUGCAAGAACAUUGUUUCUAAAUACGAGACCAGAUACGGACCCUUUGACUUAUCUGAUUCCGAGUGAUGCAACUUUAAAGACUUUUAAAAACAAAGAAACUAAAAAGCACACAUGAAUCGCCAGUCUUCAGAGUGAGCAGUGAAAUCUAUGAGGUGUCCCAACACAAACAACUGAUGAUGACCCUGCCUGCCUCCUUGCCUGCAAGUACCCCAUCUGACUACCCAGGGCUGGGCAUGAUGAAAAGUGCAAAGUCUCCUUAAUUCUGUAUAUGGCUUUCUUAUCUGUCUUUCUCACUGUAACUAUGAACUACAAUAAGCUUACCUACUGGGGUUUUGUCAAGACACUCAAAGUUCAUGUCUCAAAGUCUGUUGACAGCCUGUAUGAAUAGUGACUCUUCGUUUUGGCACUCGAGUGGAAGAAGAGAGGGAGUUUUAAAUGAAAGUGUCUGUAUAUAUAAAGAACUGCUAUAUUUUAAGACUCUUUUCCCUGCAGUAUAAUGAAUUUUAUUUAAUACUGCAGCUCACUUCUGGUACAGUGUAGCGUAUUGUGGAGUACUGUGAGUGCAGAACUAAAGACACCGGGAAGACAGCAGCCCAUAAUGUGUGAGACUUCAGUGCAGCAGAUGUACUGAAAUAACCCAGAAAGCACCACAAUGUGCCAUACAGGGAGUAAUAAACCUCUAUCAAAUGACCCACGUAAUAAUAAACCACGUCGGUGGCUUUCCUGCUCCACAGUUACACUGCUGUAACCUGCCUUUUCCUUUAUUUCAUUUAUGAGGCUCACUUUCUUUCAUGGUAUCUUGCUGAAAAAGAAUCUAUUCUUCUGCUAAUGACUUAGCAAUCAUGGAAAAGGUGCUAUUCUGAGCUGCUUAUCUCCAAGUCUUUUGGCAAUCUGAAACUACCGAAUGAGUAUUAGCUCCAGGAGAACAAUGGCUAGUAGUUGCCAUAUUACCAUUUUCUGUCUCUUGACUGCAGAACAGCUGUGGUGCUGAAGGUGAAAUAGCCAAUGAUAUCCCACAGUUACAAUGGGCAGCUUAAGCGUGAGGACCCUUGUACUUGUAUGGGAGGGUAGAUAAAAGGUUGGAUGGAUUGCAGAGAUGUUUAUUGUGUUUAGAGGAUGGAGGAAGUAGGUGGCAGUUCCGCUGUAAGAAUUUCAUCAGCGUAACAAGAAUCUGCUCUUACAUUAAGGGAGCUUGAAAGCUAAAUCUAUGUGGGAAGAGUAGUUACUUUCUAGGAAAGGAGUACAGGGCCAUGCUUGUAGCCAAAAUGGAGCUUGUAAGACAGGAGUGUAUUCAUGCCUGGAGAUUGAUGAAUAGCAUACACCUCAAAAAAAAAAAAAAAAACUUAAAAGCUUUCUGAAGCACAAGUGCCAAAAUUGUGAGGCAUGACUAGUUACCAGCAUAGCUCAGUGCUAUCAUAUUGAACAAUUAUUUUGACUUUGUAUUUACCCAAGAGAUUCUACCCCUAAUUUCAGAGCAGAAACGCAAAGAGAAAAAUGUGAGAAGCAGCAGCAAAUAUUGUAAGCUUAAUAAAAAAAAAAAAUUCAAAAGCCAGGAUUCAUAACCAGUGUUUGACAGCAUAACCUUUGUACAGAGCUUAUAUAUUAAAUGUAGUUUUUGACCUAUCAUUUUUAAUGGACGAUGUACUGGAGUAAAGAAAGUGUUUUUAAUUUUUUGCUGAUUACCAAAGUAUACCUAUGAGUGUAUUAUAAAGCUCUGAAAUAAUCUUGGGAUAUUUUUAUCAAAUAGAUAAAUAUCUUAGUUCCAUGUUGCUGAUAUGGCAGCAUAUAUCUCUACCUGAAUUGAGUACUGCUGAUUUGAACUGAUAUUUUCAGUAUGUACUGGUUUUUGCUUUAUUAUUGUGAUAAAGGCCCAAACCAUGGAUUAAGAAAAACAAACAACCAUGACAGCAUGUAAAUGUAGCAGCUUUUUUAAUUUAUAAUUUCUAAAUUUUCAGUUAGCCCUGGCUGUUCUUAAACGUCAUUCUUCCUGUUUAAAUCACAAAGCUAAAAGCUAAAUAACUGGGCAGAGAAGUUGCUUCAUUUGGAUCCUACUGUGCUUAGGAAUAUCUUUUAAAUACUUACAUAUUGUGAACAGGAUUUGGUUUUGCAGUAUGUCAUGACAUUUUAACAGCAAAAUAUUCAGUCAGUGAGAUUAGCAUGUGCAAUUCUAUUGUUUUGUUUCUGUUAUCUUAAAAACUUACACAGUGGAAACUAACAGUGAAUGUUCAUUAGAGCUUUUUUUCAGAGAAGACUGUUAGCAAACAUUUGUGCUUCCCUGUAGGACAAUGCAGAUUUGCACAAUCUGUGAUUCAUGUGUCUACGGGUUGCAAAACUGGAAAAUUGCACUUUAGAGUGAGUGCAGCUCAACUUUUGUAGCUGGAGAAUUUGGUGGUGUUGUUAUUAAGAAGCAGUAUCUUUAAAGAUAGAUGACAAGGUAGUAACUAUUUAAAGGAGUGCAGAUAUAGCCAGACAGAAAAUACUGUGCAAUGCUGAAUUCCUUUCUCAGUUUUUGCAGUCUCAGGAAGUUAAGUUUAUUGCUCCAGAGCUCCCUGCUCCUCUCAGAAUGAUGUGCUAUAUCAUUUUGUUUCUUUGACUAGGAUGACAGUCCUAUCUGUAAGUGAUAACUUGGGUAUGUUUUCUUACCAAUCAUAAGAAGACAAAUAUUCUUUUAGCUCAAUUUGAAUAUUAAAAGAUGCUGAAUUGACACUGUUAGGGUUUGAAGUUCUCUAGCCUUGGAACAUACUCUGUAGAGGCCAUAAGUUUGCCUGAUGCCAAACUACCCCAUUCCACAAAGGGACCAUCUCCAAGGGGAGAGAAUAAAGGGCAUGUGCACCUUUCAACAUCACUGCAAGUAUUGCCAGGAAAGAGCAGUUCAUGACAACUGUACUUUCACUAGGAAGAAGAUUGACACCACAUGGCAAUUUCAUAGUGCUAACUUUGAAAAUAUAUAAACUGUGGAUGAAAUUUGUGGACAAUGAGUGCUGUUUUACUCUACAGAAGACAGUAGCUAUGAAUAAAUAAUGUGCAAAUUUUAAUACAGUAUUGCUUUCAUACGUGAUGAUCUAAUCUACAUAUAGUGGGUUUGUGUCUAAAAAUUCCAAGAAGCUUAGUCUUUCACCUGUUGCCAAGAUCUGCUCCCACUGAAGCUAGUAACAAAGAUCUCAUUAACUCCCACAGGAAAAAGUCUUUACCCUUAUGUGGUUAUUGUAAAGUUUUAGCAAGUGCUGGAGUCAUGGGUGUCUUUGCUUUACUCUGACACAUUCUGUGCUGGGAUCAGGUGGAUACAUCUCAGAUUGCAGGUAUAGUGUUGGUAAACUGGUCCUGAUAGUUUUGAUACUCAGAUAAUCUGAACUCUGCUUUUUUUUGGUCCUCCAUGGACAGAGUGAAAAAGUAGUGUACUAUAAACUUGUGUUGGAGAAGAAGUGUUUUCAGGUUGUUUGGUUUUUUGCAGUAACAUUUUAUGUCUUUUCUGACAAUUCUUCAUUUCCUUGCUGUGCCAUUUGAAAGCCCAAGGUGUUCUAACUAGAAGUCACUUUCAGCAUUAUCUUCAGGCCUGCUACUAAUUGUACCAAAUCAAUUUCAAGUUGGGAGGUGCAGUGGAAGCCCAGCAGCUUUGGGAAUACUAUAAUAAAACCACUUAGGCAGAUUUUUUUUUUUUUUUUUUUUUUUUUUUUUUUUUUUUUUUUUUUUAGAUAGCAAAAAUAAAUGGACCUGCACAGAGGAGAAUAUUGCUGCUUCAGUAUUGUAAGCCACCUGAGCAUAAAAGAAGAGCUUUGUUCGUUGUGAUCAGGUGCUUUCAUUUUUAGUGAGAGAGAAGGUAUCUCAGACCUUUGUAAAAUCCAGAUAGGCUUUUGUUCACCCUUCUAGUUUUAGCUGCUACUAAGCACAAGAUGAAAAAUGCAGAUUUAUCUUAGUGCAUAAAUCUCAUAUUUUUGGCAACAUACACCUAAAUCCAUAAAGAGCAAAAUCAUUUUUUGUGCUAGCAUUGUGCCUUUGCAGCACUACAAGACUCAGACUGGCUUUCUAGAUGUUCAGAUAAUUACUCUGGUCUGUAUAUCUGCCACUGUAACAUGGUGAAGAUAGAUAAACUCACAGUUGAAGACUGGGAGAAAGGUAGAAAGAAUAAGGUUAACUAAAUAUCUGUGGAGAUGCUAACAUAAUGCUAAUUGAGAAAUUACAGUGAUUUAACUCAUCAUAAUGCAAAUUGGCAUAGAGAUGUAAUUUGUUAGUUUGACAGUCCGCUGUCCCUCGCGAGUCACUUUUGGAAUGCAAACUUCUUGAAGUUCAGACACCUACAGGGAAAAAGGAAUCCUUUGAGUAGAUCCAUACAUAGAUAGACAUAGAUACUUGUCAAGGAGAGCAAAGAAUGAAAGAGGAAGGGGAGAGUAAUGCAUGAGUCUGACCUGAGUGAAAUUGCUAAAACUGACAUCUCACUGUUUACAAUUUUAGGUCAAUUUGGAUCCCCUCAGUUUAGCAUCAUACUGAAGAUAAGUAAUUGUUUAGGUCUUGGGAAUCUCCUUGUCUUGGUCCUACUUCCACAGUCCAGAAAGAAGUGAAAGGAAUAUACAGAUAGGGAGAAGAGCUACUGCAGAAAGGCAUGAAAAAAUAGCUGUUGCUUCAACUAAGUGUGCUGUUGCGCUGGAACUUGACCUGCCAAUGUGACUUGGUCAGUGCUGUCUCAUGAGGAAACUACUUAUCUGAGGCCCCAAUCUUGUAAGGCCUCAAUUCUGCUGCCAUUUCUGCAUGGGAAGAGCCCUAUAUCUAUAGAGAACCAUGUGGACUUCACAGGAUCUAUUAUUGAAUGUGAAGCUCUGCCCAGGCAGUCAGCUGCAGAAUUGUGUCCUUAACACACUGUCCAGUUGUAGUUAUAGGGCUGUUGAUAUUAAGUGUAAUCUGGUGCCUGUUAUAUAGCCAAAACCCUUGUUACUUCAUUUUCCUAACUAAGGCAUGAGCAGAAGCCCUUUGAUGUACAACAUCUGUAAAAAACUUUAAAAUGUACUUCACAUAUGUCUAGUAAAUUAAGGCAUGUGAUUUUGGUCUGUGGGUCUCAACAAACCUUGCUCGUGUACCUGCCUGAAUGUUUUCCUAGAUCUGCAGCUCCGUUUCAGUGGGAAGGGAUGGUGGGAUUUGUUCUCUCGAGGGGGCACAAUAGCAGCUCUCACCUGUCACACUGCGGUGACCGCUCGCUGCUGGCCAGGAUCAGGGAUGGAUGCAUCCUCCGCACUUUUAUGUGAAGUUGUCUGAAAUAUGGUGAUUAACAUAAUUAUUGGAAUACUGUAUUUUGUAUAACUUAGAACAUGUAAAUACACUUUUAAAACUAAUCUGUUCUAUGAAGUAAUAAAUAAGUGCUUCCAUUGUAAUAUCUGAAUAUUGUUAAUGCUUCAUGUAGCUUGAUUUGGGAUUAUUUCUUUCCUAGAGAACUACAGAAAUCAAAACAAAGAUUGAUGUUGUGGAAUUCUAGUCUAGUUGUGAUGCUUUCUAUCAAAAAAAAAAGUUAAAAAAUAGUAAUGAGCUACUUAAGCAGAGAAACUAAGAUUUUGAGGGAACUGAUUCUCUUCCAGUCUUUCUUUAACAGUAGUCACUGAUUACAUUCAUAACUGUACCAUUUCCAUCCUGUUAGCUGGACAGUUGAUUUGUUUGUGAGUAGCAUUUGGAAAGUAGCAAUAUUACAUAAUUUGUAAACUUUAGUGACUGAGGAAGACUAAAGCUGGGUGGUUUUUGUUGGGUGUGGUUUUUUUAACUAUUCUCUCUUUUGGCUCAAACAGAUCUGUCUCCACCCUUCAGCCAGACUGCAGCAAGUUGCAGUGCAGCAGUGAGUGACUGUUACUGAAGCUCAUUUGUGACCUAGAUAGUCUACAUCUUUAUUAGUUCCAUUAUGUACAUAGAUGACACAGGUUUCCUGUUGUGGUGUGGAGAGAGAGAGAGAGAAAGUGAUUAAUGACUUAUGGUUUUGCGGAGUACAUGUCCACUGGAUGCUGCACAGCUGGACCUUUCAUCAGAUUUCAUGACCUUUUCUAUCUUGUGUUAAAAAGAAAAAAAAAUAGAAAACAGUGGAGUAAGAAUCAUAAGUAGUCUGCUAGGAAAUCUGAAUGCUUGGGUUUUGAGGAGGAGGUGAGAUUAAUCCAUCAGCCUUCAUGUGAAGAGAUAAGCCUGUGAUGACACUUUCUCCAGCCAUAAUGUAACUUUGUCUUUAAUGCUGUACUGGAGCAGUCUCAGAGCUCUCUGGUAACAGCUGUGUCUGCAGUGUUCCAUAAAUGACAAAGCUACAUCUUUUGUAGUGGGCAGAGAUAACAGCAUCUCUUUUUAUUUUCUUCUAUUUUCUUUCCUCCUCUCUCAGUGUCUCUAGGCUGUAAAAUAGCUAUGAAACAGCUAAGCAAAUGUGCAAGUUAUUCUGAAAACUCUGUUCUUGUUAAGCUUUUUCAGACAGAUACAGUUUUUAACUGAAUAAUUUGAGGGAACUCCUAUCUGUUAUAUUUGGCCUGAAAUUCUGUUGCCUCUUGGAUAAAAGUAUUUUUUUGUCUUCAGAUGUGACACUGAUCUGUCCCAUUCAUUCAGUGGGAUGGAUGAUAAAUCUGCACAGUAUUUAUAUAAGAUAUGAAUCUGAUCUUAGUUUUACUGUGUGUUAAAUUGUUUAAUCUCUUGGAUGUCUACUCCUUGAGGUUGUCUAUAUAAUUCCUGUAUAUGUAGCUGCUUUUUGAAGCAGUCCAUCAAGAGCAUUUGAGAUCAUCCUGACUGAAAAACUCCAUAGAAGUGAAAGUGAUAAUAAAGCUUGUAAAGCAGCUGGGUAAAACUGUAUUGCCAUAAAUGGUUUUAAUUUAUAUAUGAAUCUUCUGUCCCAAACUGCUUAUUUUGUACAUAAACCUAAACACUCCUGGCAGCUGAUGGGUGAAAAUAAAGGUGCUUAAACAGCAAUCUAAUGAGGAAAGGGCAUUUCACUAUUACAGAGUUGGUAUUAUUUUAUAUUUCCAUUUAUUACACUUUUUUAAAUGUAUAAACCACAGAUUUGAAUUCUCAAAGUCUUCAGCUUGGGUUUUGUGAGUAGUUUAAAUCCUCGCACCUCUCUGCUCGUAACUGGUUUUUAAGAAAAAGAAAAGCUUUUGUUUAAAAUGUAAAGUUUUGACUGUAUUAAAUUCUGUUAGUACCCUUCCUUUUUAAGAAAUAAAAUGUAUAUUCCACUA